GAUGGGGAAUGAGCACAGGUGCCUCCUUGCUGCUUGGGCCCAGCACUUGAGAGUAGGGAGACAUAUCUUGUGGGGACAGUAGGGUGGGGUGAUGGAGAGGACUGGCUCUGGUGCUAGGACCUGGCUUGUUCCAUUGAGGCCACAGCUCUGUGUGACCUUGGGCUGGUCACUUAACCUCAGGCCUCCGUGUCCUCCUCAGUAAAAUGGGAGGGGGUGGGGCGGGAUAGGCCCCAGAGCUCUUUCCCAGGCUAAGUCCUUUGCGCCAGUGACCCCUGCCCCGGGCUGGGAGCUUGCCCAGUGAGGAGGCUGCAGUGCCUUGGCUCCUGUUUCCAUGGGGAUGGGGGCGGAGCUUAGCCGGGCAGUGCGAAUCCUGGGUGUUCUUCCGGCUCCGUCGGCCGCAGUCCGGAGCAAAGAUGCUGCCGAACAGUAAUGGUGUGGGCAUCGAGGCCGGGCCCUUCGCCCUCCCGGAGGGGGGCCGCUACGCGAUGGAAGUCCGCAACAUGAGCCGAGCCCCGGCCGUGUCUCUCCCAGAGCUUCGCUCCAUCCUGGCCACCGACCGGGACCGGGUCCGGCUCAUCGAUGUGCGCUCUCGGGAGGAGUCCGCCGCGGGGACCAUCCCCGGGGCGCUCAACAUCCCGGUGUCAGAACUGGAGAAUGCCCUUCGGAUGGAGCCAGCUGAUUUCCAGGCUACAUACUUUGCAGAGAAGCCAAGACCAGAAGAAGAGAACCUAGUCUUCUUUUGCCAGAUUGGCAGCAAUGAGUGCCAUGCCAUGCAGACUGCCAGGGAGCUUGAAUACUUGGGGGCUAAUUAUGAAGAUGAGUACAGAGCAUGGCAAGGAAAGGAUUAGUUAGGAGGAAGGACCCCUGAUACUUUCCUUCUUUCAGUAACCUUUCUGUAGAUGGGUACAGUGCUGUGCCCACAAGGUAACCUAAUAAAGAGUAUUGAAUGGAAAAACCUG